CCGUCGGAGAAGUAACAUAUAUAUCAUGAUCUCUUGAAACUAGAACAGGACAGAAACAAAAUAUCAAAAUGAUUUCACCAAAAAGUUUAAAGUCUAGUCCAAUCCCUGUCCCACACACAGACUCGCGUACUGUACGUGCAUACAGCGAUCCUAAUAUAUUCAAGAGUGAGCGUGUACUUCGUAGCUUGGUGAGUAGAGAGAUGAAGCAGAACUGCAACUACUUCAGCAGCCUGCAGACGGACCUGAAGCCUGGUAUGAGAGAGGAUCUGUGCACCUGGUUGCUGGAGGUCUGUGAGGAGGAGAAGUGUGAAGCUCAGGUCUUCUGUUUAGCGGUCAACUAUCUAGAUAGGUUCCUAGCUGUCUGUCCUAUCAGAAAGAGCCAGUUGCAGUUGCUUGGUGCUGUUUGUCUACUUGUCAGCUUGAAGGUGCGCGCGCACAAGAUAAUCAGUGCGCAGAAGCUGAUUGAAUUCUCAGACUACGCGCUUACAUUGGAAGAUCUUUUGGAAUGGGAGUUCCUGCUGUUAUCUAAACUGGACUGGGAUCUGUCUGCUGUCAUUGCUACGGAUUAUGUUGAACACAUUCUUCAACGUCUUCUGAAGCUAGACCUGGCCUGGGACCCGGAGAAGACGAGACAGAACGCAGAGACGUUGAUCUACAUGUGCUACACCCACUACACCUUGUCCUCCUACCCUCCAUCACUCAUUGCAGUUUCUAGUAUACUCACAACACUUCGACCGGUACUUGAAACUGUAGUUACUAGAGAUACACCGUCACCAUCAUCCUCAUCAUCAUGUUCAUCCCCCUCGUCACUAGCCGGGAAGUCUGAUGAACCCCUGGAGAAUGUGAUCAAAGCUGUGGAGAAGUUGACGCUAGUCGAGAGGUCCCUGGUAUUGAAGUGCAUGGAGAAGCUUGAGAGCUUAAUGCAUGCCUCUCUCCCUCCCUCUCCAUCUCCAUCCGACGAGGACGGAUCUCCUUUAAGUAAAUCAGUUGUAGAACGGUCAGCUUCUUAUCCUCAGCUAGCGUUAAGAUCUCUUUUCCCCGAGACUGAGAUUAUAGAUUCCCAGCCUUCUAACCUUUCUGGUCUUUCAACUGGUCUCUCCUGAGUCCAUCUUGAUGUAUACAGUAUAGUUACCAAUUUUUUAAAUGUAUCCCUAACUUAUUUUUGGUGUACCACCGGGUGCUGUCUGCAGACCCCCACAAUGAUCAUUUAUAAGAUCAAACUCUGGACAGUUUUAUACAAGAUACUGCAGAUACACCUCAUUAUGAGAAUAAAAUUCAGUAGGGCGGAAUUAGUUCAACCUAAAUUGGUAUUUUUGAAGGGUAGCCGGCCCAAAUUUACCCUCUGAAGGGUAAAAUAUAUAAAAAUUUAGCAUAAAUUUGUGUCGAGGCAUUACAACUAUAUAUUUGUGAUAAGAAAAUGUUUUAUAACUGGUGAAUAUUUUGUAUAAAAUAUCUUUAGUCAAAAUAAACUAUUUAAGAUAUGUA